AUUUUUUACAACUUUGACUUUCUUUGCUAUUUAUAUAUGUCUUGGGAGACAAAAUAAAAAUAAACUACUAAUUAAUUUUCAAAACCAAUAGAAACAAAUGGGUGGGCGCUUAGAUUUGGAACUGGUGGGUGCCCCAAACACAACAUUUACUGUGUAAAAAAAAAAAAAAAAAAAAACAAAAAAGAUUAUAUUGCCGGAGUAUGCCUAUAAACAAAAUGACAAAAGAAAGAUACUGGAAGUGGUGGCGUUAUCAAGAUCCUUUAUUCGGUAUGAAAAAUACACACAAUAAUUAAUAAACAAAUCAUGCCAUUCCUUUAAAUCAGAAGUGCAAUCUGGGUAAUUCACAUCGCAGUAGAAUCCAGACAAGACAAUAUCAAUAUUUUUCCGGUCUUUUUCUUCCCCACACCCAUCAAAUAGUGUGAACUUUACAAACUCCCAACAAAGUAAUUCUGAAAAUCACGCGGAACAGAGCUUCUAUUUCUGGCGCCAUUGCAGAAACAAAAAAACCCCUUUCAAACUUUUUCCCCUUUUGUUUUCUCUCUCUCAAAUUAGUUUUUUUGUUGAAGAAAUGGAAGAGAAGGAGAGUACAGUAUCUGGGUCGCCGGGAGGUAACUCAGAGAACGAGUCACCGCCGGUGAGUGGUGGUGGAGGAGUGGUGCCACAGGUGGUGAACAUGGGUAUGGAGAGAAGCCUAGGAAUCGCCACCGUAGGCGGUGGUGGAAGUGGUGAUCCGUUGUUGGGAAAAAAGAAGAGAGGGAGGCCAAGAAAGUAUGACUCAGAUGGUAACUUGAGGGUUCCAUAUGUAUCACCACCACCAGGCUUUUCUUUGUCACAUUCUUCUGACUUCUCUUCCAAAAAGGGUCGUGGAAGGCCACCUGGUUCUGGUAACUGGCAAGUACUUGCUUCAUUAGGUGAGUUGUUUGCCAACACGGCUGGAGGUGACUUCACGCCACACAUUGUGACUGUAAAUACAGGAGAGGAUGUUGCAGCAAAGAUCCUUUCGUUUUCUGAAAAAGGUCCUCGGGGAGUUUGCAUCCUUUCUGCCAAUGGAGCUGUUUCUAAUGUUACUAUUCGACAGCCAGGUUCUUCAGGGGGCAUCUUGACAUAUGAGGGCCGCUUUGAGAUAUUAUCCUUAACUGGGUCAUUCACAAUUUCUGAAAAUGGCGGUGUGAGAAGCAGGACUGGUGGUUUAAGUGUGUCAUUGGCUGGUCCAGAUGGUCGUGUGGUUGGUGGUGGUGUUGCUGGUUUAUUAAUGGCUGCUAGUCCAAUCCAAAUUGUGGUGGGAAGCUUCUUGUCAAACAGUUAUAAAGCACAUAAAAAAAAGCACCAUUAUGAACCCAGAAUCCCUCCCGUUUCACCAGGUGCUCCAGAUAUGGUGACAGCAGUAAGACCAAUCUCACAAGCAGCACCUGGUGGCAACAUCUGUCUGACUCCAACAUCUCAAUUAGCAGUGCAAAGCCAUGGAGCAGCAGAUAACAGCACAAAUGAUAAAGAGAACGCAAAAGUCUUAUCUACCAAUGGCUCUGGUUGGAAUGGCACGGAGCCCACCUCAGCUCACAGACCAUCUCCCGACAUUAAUGUGUCUGCGCCUCUUGAAUAGCACUGAAGGUAUGGUUAUCUGUGUUUUCAUUUUAUCCAAUUUAUUUGUCCUUCUAGUUUUUCUUUUAGAUGUAAUGCUUGUAAUUUGAAAAUUAAUUUUAGGCCUAUUUUAGAGAGAGACUGUCAUGAUUACUUAAGGAGGCUGAUUUAACUUCCAUUAAUGUUGUAACAAUUUGUACUAUUUCUCCUAGAGAUUGUUUAGAAACAAGUUCAUUCAUCAA